AUGCCCCGUCCGUUACUGAUGGAGGACUUGAUCGAUGGUAUUGUCUCGGUUGUUCGUUGCCAGCUAGAGGGAGUGGUGUGCAGACCGUCGAGUAACGGGCGUGCGAACAAUCAUCAACUCGGGUUCACGGAGAAACAUUUAUGGAACUUCGCAUGUGAAUGUGUCGGAUUCCGCACCAGUCAGCUAAUGGUAGUUUUAAGCAGUCUAGUUCGAUUCCAGCCGAACCGAUUCACGGACAAUCUUGUCAUCAGGUUAACCGAACUGGGACUGACAGUACCUCUUCAUUGUCUAACCAGUGGCCAAAGUAUGGAACGCGAUCCUAGGCGUCUAAGUGUUUCAGUCAUGCGCAAACUGUUGCAUUCGUCCUCUACAAAUUUAUCCGCUCGCUCUGAUCACAAGAACAACCCCAUGCCCUCUUUUCCCGUGGGUCCCUCCCGAUUGUGGCUGUUUGUUUGGCCGGACCGAUUGCAACGCGCUAGUUUGGCUUUACUUUCUGGUCUUUACGGUCAGUACGAAGCGCAUCGGAAGCUAAUAGUGGACGAAAUUUUUCGCACUCUAUUAUCCCAAUGUAUAUUGACAAGCAAUCCGAACCCGGGUCAGGAAGAAACCCCAUCGAUUGUAAAUUCCAGUGCAGAUAAGCGUGCCGCACGCACCUUUCGGUAA